AUGUCACAGCAAGGCCACUAUGCCGAUCCGCUCUCACCUAUCGCGUCUACGCCUAUUAAACGCCAACACACGAAGGCAGCAGAAAAAAAUAAUGUAUUGCUAAGUUCGCUUAGGUCUAAAGAUGAUGAAAAGAUGUUUUCGCCACGAAAAUUGCUGGAGACUUCUGACAAACAAAAUCAAGACGCAGGCAAGUCAAGGGUAAAGAAGGCACGCACUCUUGACUACGAAUCCGUGUCUUCUACUGAUGGAAAGCAGGAAGAAGACGUAGGUGUCAGUACCAGCGAAGACGCCAACGAUGAGCUUUUUUCUCCAGUAUUAAAGCCACCAAAGACUUCACGCUCAGCAAGUGCUUCUCCACCCGACACUCGAGUUCGAGUAGAUUCAGCAGCCAUAAGGUCCUAUGCACAGCCUACUGAGCUAACAGAGGAAGUAAAUAUACAAGAGGUGUCUUGUAUGCUGGAAUGUGAUAGUCAGGACGAGGAAGAGUCCACACCACUGGAGCAAGACUUUAAUCCAUUUUACUUUAUGAAGACCUUACCGAAGUACGAGGAUAUUGUGGAAGGCAAACGACCCAUUUCACUGCCAGAGCGAUCGCGCCAUGCGCCGAAAAUCUGCUUGGUUCUUGAUUUGGACGAAACCCUCGUGCAUUGUAGCGUAGACGAAGUGAAGGAUCCACAUUUAAAAUUUCCGGUUAUGUUUAAUGGCGUCAAGUAUACUGUUAACGUAAAGAAGCGUCCGCACAUGGAAUACUUCCUUAAGCGCGUGUCCAGGCUCUUUGAGAUUGUGGUGUUUACAGCAUCUCACAAAGUGUAUGCUGAAAAGCUUAUUGAUUUGCUUGACCCGCAUCGCAACCUCAUCAGGUACCGACUUUACCGAGACGAUUGCCUCGACGUUUUUGGCAACUAUUUGAAAGACUUGAAUGUCCUAGGACGUGACCUGUCAAAAGUUGUGCUGGUCGAUAAUUCACCGCAUGCGUUUGGAUACCAGGUGAAUAAUGAAACACUUGUAGACGUUGAAGAUGUGCGGCCAAUUGUCGAGAAACAGUUUCAGAUUCAGAAGCUCAUCGACGCCACACCCGAUGGUGUCUCUUGUCAACAUAUUAUACCUGGCUUAUCAACCGCAGUGCGUUCGGGAAACAUGAGACUCUGGGUAGAUUCAAAGGAUCGACGCAAGUAUGAGGAUCUAGCAGACCUAUUUGCCAUCUUUAAGACCACAGAACAUCUUGAAGCUGCCUAUGUUCGCGAUGCCAUCACCCCGGAGGAGUACACAGAAGCGUGUACAAAGCUGAUUUCGCAAUUCAAGACAGCGGAAACAGCUCUUCGACUGGGUGGCUUUAUCGAGAGCGUAGAAAGCUUUGUCGCCGAGUACAAAUUGGACUGUCCACGCGCUUUUGAGCGCCUUGUACGGAUUGGUGUACCAGCCACAGUGGUGCACAAUACGACUAAUCGCAAGACCGAUUCAGUUAAUGUGGCUCAGACAGUUCAAAACUUCAUCACACUCAUGGAUGUGCUUAAGCUAAACAUCCGAGCUGUAGACGAAAUCCAGCCAUUGCUAAGCGAAAUGAUGAGUUCUUUGACAAUGGUUAGCGGCCUCCCGCCUGACUUUGCUGGACGUGACAAAAUUGAGGGCUGGUUGCGUACCAUGAACGCUAUGCGUGCUUCCGACGAACUGAAUGAGGAACAGACACGUCAAUUGAGCUAUGACCUUGAGCGUGCUUACUCGUCUUUUAUGGCAUUCCUGAACAAAUAG